AUGGCCACCACGAUUACUUCAACAAUCAAGCUGGCCAGCGGGUACGAGAUUCCUCGCUUAGGCUUUGGAAGGAAACAGAGCGAUGCUGUCUCGAUGCCUUCAAAGCUGGCUACCGCCACAUUGAUUCCGCCGCGGCAUACCGCAAUGAAGAAGGCUGCGGAAACGCCAUCCGUGCAUCGGGAAUCCCCCCGAGAUCAGAUCUUCUUCACCUCCAAAGUCUUUGACAUCAGCUAUGACGCCGCCAAAGCGCAGGUCGAUAAGAGCUUGGCGCUGUCAAAGCUGGCGUAUAUCGACCUGAUGCUCUUGCACAAGCCUAUGGGCGGUUCCGAGAAUCGCAAAGGUGCCUGGAAAGCACUGGUCGAAGCCGUUGAAGCCGGCAAAGUCCGGUCCAUCGGGGUGAGCAACUAUGGCGUCCAUCACCUCAAUGAGCUUGAGCAACACAUUGCUGAGCUCGAGGCGGAACACGGCAAGGGUAAAGGGGGUGUGGUGAGUGUUCAACAGGUUGAGCUUCAUCCGUGGUUGGCGCGUAAGGAUAUCGUCGAUUGGUGCACGCAGCGCGGGAUCGCUGUUCAAGCUUACUGUCCCAUUGUGCGCGGGAAUCGGUGGGAUGAACCUGCGCUUCAGCGGCUGGUGAAGAAGUAUGGAAAGACAGAGGCCCAGGUGUUGAUUCGGUGGAGUCUGGAUAAAGGUUUCAUUCCGUUGCCGAAGAGUGUGACUCCAUCGCGGAUUGCGGCUAAUGCGGAAGUGUUUGAUUUUGCCUUGACUCCUGACGAGGUGAAGGGGCUGGAGACGGAUGAAUAUAGUCCAGUGGCGUGGGAUCCAACUGUGUCUAGGCUUGAAGAUUAA